AUGGAUCCUCACGUCUUUGAUCCUCACUUCACUGACCCAGAUCUUCUCAAGAACCACUCCGAGUUCAGAUCCUUCACCACCAGCCAGCACACAUACCCCAAGAUAAGAGUCUUUUACCGGCAACACGCGAAAGCAGAGGAACUCUACCGCUCCAAUGGUCCCCUACCACUUCUCGUGCUUAUCCCCGGCCUGGGAGGCUCGGUGGCCCAGUUUCACCCGUUGUUGACCAGCCUCGUGGACCUGGCACCGUGCCUGGCCAUUGACUAUCCUGGCUGUGGGCGCUCUGAGUUUGCCCCGACGGCAUGGGACGCCUAUACAUCCGAAGCGCUGGGGGAGCUUCUGGAGGUCAUUAUUGACGAGUAUCGCGAUAAAGAGGCCGAACAGACUGUUGUGCUUGUCGGGCACAGCAUGGGCACGUCCUAUGCUGCGUGGCUGGCCAACCCAAAAGUCGCGCACAAGACCGAGGUCGCUGACUUUGUGGUCGGCCUUGUUGGUAUCUGCCCGGUGCCCGGACCGCUUGACGAGGACAAGGCUCUGUGGGCACGGCGGUUGAUGUGGCUUCCCGGAUGGCUGAUGGAUCUCCUUCGCGCGUGGGACGGCAUGGGCGGGCUGCAGAGCCCCAGUGUCACCCGCUUCGUGGGCGAAGAAGCAGACAACGAGCUGCGGCAGCUUCAGUGGCGGUUCAACAAACAAAGCCGCACUCCCGUGUGGAGGCGCAUGUUCUACGGCUACCAGCCAGAGUACCGGGACGGAAAGCCAGUCAAUAGUCUCGCCGGGCUGGACACAUGGGCAGGUGUCAGAUGCCCUGUUUACCUCAUUGCCGGCGAGGCAGACCACAUUGUGCCCGCGGCGGAUAUGCAGAACAUUGCCAAGGCCCUCAAGGGGCACCCGUCACAAUCCCCAACGGCUGGUGAGACCCUCGCGCCCGCGGCGGCAGCACCCGUAGAUCUGGCUUUAGGCGUCGACGGCCAUGGAGUUCAUGUCCCCCAGACAAUCGGCGACAUUCGCGAGGAGGACUUUCACAAGGCCACACGAAACCCAGAAUCCGACAGCAGCCAGGAUGAUCCCUAUGACGAUCCCUCCACGCCCCAGGAGUAUCUAGCCGACGUCCCAGCGCAGUCGCGGCAUCCACGCAAGUUCGUGCUGUCCACCGUCCUGCCAGCACCCGCCAACCACACCUGCCUAUACAUGCCAAGCCACUCACGUGUGAUCGCAGGCCUCAUUUCCGACUUUCUCGCCUGCCGGGUGACCGGUCGCCUGUCGCUGGCGUGGCAGCUCCAGUACCUCUCGCGGGAGGGCAAGUGGGACGUCAAGAACCUCAACAAGUGGAAGUCGGUGCAGCCCGUGUCGGAGCCCAUUGGGCCCCCCGGCGGCCGCCCGGCCCUCUUCCGGGCGCUCAAAACGCUCCGCGAGGCCGACGAGGUGCACACGCCGCACAAAUUCACGGGCACCUGGCCCGGCCAGAUCACCGACGUGGUCGACAUCUCCAAGGACCAGCCCGUCUACGACCCGCGGGGCCUGGAGCGCGGGGGCAUCCAGUACCACAAGUUCCCGACCGUGUCCAAGGUCCCGCCGCAGCCCGAGGAGAUUGACGCCUUUAUCAAGCUGAUUGACGGCAUACGCGCGCGGCGCGCGGAAGAGGGCGCGACGGGGCUCAUUGGGGUCCACUGUCAUUACGGCUUCAACAGGACGGGGUACUUUAUCGUGUGCUACUUGGUGGAGAGGUGCGGGAUGACGGUCCAUGAGAGCAUAGAGACGUUUGCAAGGGCGCGACCUAACGGGAUCAGACACUCGCACUUUCUGGACAGGCUGUACGUGCGGUACAAUGUGGACGGCGCUGGGACGGGGCAACAAUGA